CGUGACAGUCGCCUGUAGCGCGAAGGGAACAAUGAUGUCGGAGCAGGAGGCUCUGAAGAGGAACCGCGGCGGAGUACAGCGGGUGGAAGGGAAACUACGCGCCAGUGUGGAGAGAGGAGACUACUAUGAGGCCCAUCAAAUGUAUCGGACCUUAUUCUUUAGGUACACAUCUCAGUCCAAGCACGCAGAAGCCCAGGAGCUGAUGUACAAUGGAGCCUUGCUUUUCUUUAGUUAUAACCAGCAAAACAGUGCAGCAGAUCUGUCCAUGCUUUUUCUGGAGGCUUUAGAGAAGUCCAAGGCCAAGGUAGAAGAGGAGAUCCUGGAGCAACUGGUCAAGCUGUUCAGCAUGAUGGACCCCAACUCUCCCGAGAGGGUAGCUUUUGUCUCACGGGCACUCAAGUGGUCGACAGGCGGCUCGGGGAAGCUCGGACACCCCAAAUUACACCAGCUGCUGGCUGUCACACUGUGGAAGGAACAAAACUACAGCGAGUCUCGCUACCACUUCCUGCACUCCUCAGACGGAGAGGGCUGCGCUCAGAUGCUGGUGGAGUAUUCGGCCGCUCGCGGCUAUCGCAGCGAAGUCGACAUGUUUGUGGCUCAGGCCGUCUUACAGUUCCUCUGUCUAAAGAACAAAACGAGCGCGUCGGUGGUGUUCACCACGUACACACAGAAGCACCCGUCCAUAGAGAAAGGCCCUCCGUUUGUGCAGCCGCUCCUCAACUUCCUCUGGUUCCUCCUCUUGGCGGUGGACGGUGGGAAGCUGACCGUUUUUACAGUAUUAUGUGAACAGUAUCAGCCAUCGCUUAAGAGGGACCCCAUGUACAACGAGUACCUGGACAGAAUAGGACAGCUGUUCUUCGGCGUUCCACCCAAACAGUCCUCAUCAUACGGUGGCCUACUAGGGAAUCUAUUGAACAGUCUGAUGGGGUCAGGCGAGGAAGAGGAGGGUGAGGAAGUUCGUGAGGACAGCAGCCCCAUCGAGCUGGACUGAACAUCAUACAACUCCAUCACAAACCUCUCACUCGGAGAAAACUACAGAACUGAAUCAAACUCGACUUUUUUUUUUUUUUUUUUCCUUCCUUUGACCACAUGUCCUGGAAUAAGUAGCUGCAGAGUUUUUUUGUUUUUAUUUUUUAUUUCUUUGCUCAUGUGUGUAGUGUUCAGAAGAGGCGCCUGACGCAACUUCUGGACUACUCCUACUGCACCCACACCACCCGCCUCUCACUGAGAAAGAAAAAAAACAAAACGCUGAAUAAAUAAACUGCCGUAAAAAAAAAAAUGGAAGAACAUCUGAAGCGUAGUGAUGACGGUCCACUCACCCGGACAGGAGAAGUUCUGAUUAAUUAAUAGCGAAGCAUCGAUACUGAUACAAAGGGGUCAGAUAUCAGCCACACGCUGUUCUCCUUUACUUGUAGAGAUGCUCUGAUGCAUGGUGAUACUUUAUGACAUCAGCGUAGUGUAUAUUAGGAGAGCAAUAAUGAACAAAUGACAGCGAUUAAUGGUCACAGCAAACUGUGAACAUCAUCACAGCCUUUAAACAUUGUGUUUAAUAACGACAGGUGAGCUGUAUCACUGAGAAACAUGCGUGUCGUGUGUUUGUGUGUGAGAGAGAGCGAGCGAGCAGUUAA